AUGUCAGCAACCACUCUCCUGGUACUUUGUGCGCAAGCUUGCUUGCUACAGAACGUAUACAGUCAGAGCUUGGGUGCUGGACUUGGCGUAGCUCCAACUAUUGCCGCUCAAUAUGAUCUUGGUUGUGAACCUGCCUUUGCUGCGGACGUAGCUCACGGUCCAGGUUUCGCUCCCGGUGUUGGAUACGGGUACGGUCUCCCUGGACCAGCUGCAUUUGCAGGCCCCUUUGGCGGCCCCGCUGCUUAUGCUGCAAGCCCGGCUUACGGAGGUGCUGGCAUCGGAGACGUAUCCGUAGCUGGCGAAAUGCCUGUCACUGGUACCACUCUUGUCGCUGGUCAGGUGCCUAUUCUUGGCGCCGUGCAGUUCGGCGGUGAAGUUCCAGCUGGAGGUGUAGUCACUAUUAGUGGACGAUGUGGUUGCGGUUGCAACGGACCAUAUAUGUAUUAA